UGUAUCCAACGAUGGAGAUCAACUUGAUUUCUCAUUGCCAAAUGAAUGUGAAUACAGGUUCAAUGUACAAUAAUUUCAACCAUAGCUGAAGUAAUUCCAAUACCAGAUGUCAAGGAAUCUUGCAGCCAUAUUAGGAGGUGCUGCAGGAGCCGUGGCAUUGGUGGUGGUUGUUGGCUUGCUUAUAUGGUUCUGCCUAUUUCACAAACGGGGUGUUUCGAGAACAUCCGAGACAGGUUCCUCGGAUCCAUCUGCUCAAGGACUGGGAAGACAUAUUGGGGUUCAGUUGUCACUACGGGAAGCUACACGUUUUGAGUUGAGGGAGUUGUCUUUGGCGACCAAAAGUUUUAGCGACAGAAACCUGAUUGGGGAAGGAAAAUUUGGUGAGGUAUAUAAAGGUCUGCUUCAAGAUGGGGUGCUGGUUGCAAUCAAAAAGCGAGCUGGAGCACCUAGUGAGGAAUUUAUUGAUGAGGCCUGCUAUCUUUCAUCUAUUCAGCAUCGGAAUCUUGUCACUCUCUUGGGCUACUGCCAGGAAAAUAAUCAACAAUUUCUUGUUUAUGAAUAUAUACCCAAUGGAAGUGUUUCCAUGCACUUGUACGGAGCCGGUCAAGUGUCAGCUCAGAAGAUAGAAUUCAAGCAUAGACUUUCAAUAGCUCUUGGUGCAGCUAAAGGAUUGGCGCAUCUCCACUCUCUAAGUCCUCGAUUGGUACAUAAAGAUUUCAAAACAGCAAACGUUCUUGUAGAUGAGAAUUUUAUAGCCAAGGUUGCAGAUGCCGGAAUACGUAAUUUUCUGGGAAGAAUUGAUAUUGCUGGACCUUCUUCUCAACUCAUGACAGAUGAGAUAUUUCUUGCUCCUGAGGUAAGGGAGUUCAGAAGAUUUUCUGAAAAAAGUGAUGCAUAUAGUUUCGGGGUAUUCCUUUUGGAGCUAGUAAGCGGACGAGAAGCAUCAGAAUUGCCAUCUUCAAACUCCAAGGAGAACCUUGUUGAGUGGGUGCAAAAUAGCCAAGAUUACAGCAACAUUUCCAGCAUCAUCGAUCCAAGGUUGGGGAGUCACUUCACCGCUGAAGGUAUGAAAGAAUUCAUAAAACUGACCGUCCGGUGUUUGGAACCAUCGAGCGAGAGGAGACCGGCCAUGAGCCAUGUUGUAAUGGAACUUGAUCGGAUACUCGAUAAAGAGAUGAGCUUGACGACUGUGAUGGGGGAAGGAAGCCCGACCGUGACCCUUGGAAGCCAGCUUUUUAGAGCGACGAAAUGAA